UUGUUAACAAAAAACAGCAACAAAUAUUGCUCCUCAUGCUGACGAUAACAGUGCCUAUCGAUAGGUAAGCUCCUAAUGCCUAUCGAUGACACACCAGCACUGAUGUUUUGGCGGUCUGACGGUGGAACACUUAAUCCAGAUGAAAUGGACAUAGGAGCGUAUAUUCUGAGUGAAUAUAUACCCGCCAAGCCGCUGGUCGGUAACCUGGAGUUGUGCUUCACGGGCGAAGAGCAGGCAACCAGUGAAGCAUGUGCCCAACUAAAAUGUGGCGAGGCUUUAAAGUUCCCAUUCGCCCGUCCGGAUUCCCAGCCGAGGGCAGUAGCGAUAAAGGGGAGCAAGGUGCUCGUGGCUGCAGAUAAGACAACGGAAACAAAACGCGUGGUUGAGCUGACUCUGGAAUCUCUCUUCGACUACGAGCCUGGGGACACCAUAGGAGUUUUGCCCAGCAACGAAACAGGACUAGUGGACAACCUGCUCCAUCGGCUGGAACUUACCGACCAGGCGGACACCACUUGUCACUUAAAGUUGGCGCUUAAUUGCGCCAAGAAAAAUGCAAAGCUACCUGUCCACGUUCCGGCAACAACGAGUCCGAGGGAGAUUCUCACCUAUUGCCUGUCUCUAAACUUCGUUCCACAGAAACAGCUCCUUAGUGGCCUGGCGGGAUUUACGAGCAACGACGAGGAGCGAAGCUUCUUGGCCUGCUUAUCGUCUAAACAAGCCGCCGAGCACUACCAAUCUCUCAUCCUGGAACAGGGACUGCUCUUCAUGGAUAUUCUUGAGCUUUGCGGAAACUGCAGGCCACCACUUGCCUUCCUGGUAGAGCACUUGCCUCGUCUGCUUCCCAGACCGUAUUCCAUAGCAAAUAGUCCUUUGGAAGCUGGUAACCAGGAACUCCGCGUUAUCUACUCCCUACUCAGCCACAAGCCUGGAGUCACCACAAGCAUGUUGGAGGCCAAAGCAGAGCUAUCCACUCCGGAGAAGCCUACUAAAGUGGUCAUCUAUCCACGAGUUAGCAACGCGUUCCGCUACACAGAACAGGAUCUGGGCAGUAACCAAAUACUCAUUGCAGUGGGCACGGGACUGGCGCCCUUCCUUGGAUUUCUCGCCCACAAGGAGAAGCUCAUGAAACAGCAGCCGCAGCAGAAAACAGGACAUUCCUGGCUUUACAUUGGUGCCAAGACACCAGAAGCCCUUCUCAAGCGGGAACAGUUGAUGGCCUUGCAUGAAUCCUCAGUGCUGGAGCGUCUACGCAUGUGUUACUCGCGCGGCGAACCCCCCAGCUAUGUCCAACAAAUGCUGGCGGAGGAGGCCGAGGAUCUGGUCAAGUUUCUGCUAAAGCCAGAGACUGUACUAUACCUCUGUGCCGAUGGGGCCAAGAUAUCCCAGUCCAUUGCCAACGGUUUAAGUCUGUGCCUGCAAAAAGCCCUGCAACUCACUGAGGAGGAGGCCUCACGGCAGCUGAAGGAACUGAAGACGCAGGGCAAAUAUCGCGAGGAUGUUUGGCUGUAAAUGGACAAAUUCAAGAGCAGUCAAAGUAAUAGCCCGCAGAUGUAGCCACUAGAUGCAUUUAUAAUUUAAUCGCUUGGAAUUGUUUUUAAUGUACUUCAGACAUUUGAAUGUUUUCUUACAACGAUCUUCCGCUUUUUAGUUUCGUUGUAUUGUUAAGUAAUCUUAUUUUAACAAUGUAAAAUAAAUAUUAAAAAAAAAAAACAAGUAGUUUGACGUUUUUGAUUUAGAACGUAAUGCAAUGAAUACUCAUUUCCAAGCA